AUGCGGCGUGUACGAGGACGCGCCACGACCCGCAACCUGGUGCUGCUCGCCGUUGUGAGCUUCGUGCUGGUAUGCACGACCUUCUUGCUCGGCAACUCGCUCCUGCUUUCCUCCUUCAGCGCCACCGAUCAUCCCGCGGCCUCCUCCGAUCUUUCGCCGGCCCCUCCGUCUUCAUCUUCAUCUUCAUCUUCCCACUCUUCUCUGCAAACGCACCCGUACGGCAACCGGCCUCCGCCCAGCCUGGACUGGGCACCUCGCGUCGCGGCCAAGUGCCAACACGGUAAGUUUGUGACGGCAGGCCCGUGGGCGCAGGACUGCAUUCCCGACGAGCGCGUGCUCGAGGAAACGCAGCUCCGCUUCCCGCCCUUCGUCCUCCCCAUGCCCCACUUCGUCUCGCCCCAGGAUCGGGAGUGGUUCGUGUCGCUGGACGUGGUCAAGGAGUUCGUCAACGCCUCCCUCCGGUGCUUCGAGCGACCGCUGCCACCCGGCGUGCUGUGCCCACUGCUCGACUCGCACACCUCCUCGGACGACGUACUCGUGUUCUGGACCGACAAGUACGUGACGGGCAGGAAUCUCGUGUUGGCCAAUGGGUCCUUCGGGCAGUACCACGGCUGUUCGUGGAGCACAAAGUACGACACCUACCUGAAAGAGUAUCCGGCAUUCUUCGGCAAGACUCCGCACGAAUGGGACAAACUGGCCCCCAUGAUCGUCGUCCAGGGCUGGAGCUUCCAGCACUUGAUCGACGGCGUGCUGCCGCGGCUGAUGCAGGCGUGGGAGGGCCUGCAGGACGAUCCCAACAUCACCGUGCUCGUGGACUACAACCUGCCCAAGUUCCCCGUCGUACAGAAGAUCUGGGAGUACCUCCUCCCCGCCGACCGACUCGUCGUGUUCAACCCCGAGACCAUCUUCCAGGGCAAGCUCUGGUAUCAGUCGUGCCAGUCGCCGCCGUUCCACCCGUACCUGUGGAAGAAGAUGCGGGAGCGCUUCGGCUACCGCGAGCUGCCCUUCGCCGACCGCAACGUCAUCGUCUACCUGGGCCGCGGCAAGCGGAGUGGGCAGACCUUCAACCACGGCCGGUCGGUGCUCAACGAGGACCAGCUGAUCGAGGGGCUCGAGGCCUUCAUCGCGCGGAGGAACCGCGAGCGCGAGGCCGCUGGCCAGGCCAAGCUGGAGCUCGUCGUGUUCAAUCACGCCAACUACCCCACCCUCCAAGCCACCAUCGCCUUCUUCAACCGCGCCAAAGUUUUGAUCGGCCCGCACGGCGGGUCGUUUUACAAUCUGAUGUUCACGCCGAGCCGCACGCUGACGAUCGAGUUCAUGCCCUACCAGCGGUACUCGACGCCCAACCUCAUCAUCUGGCAGCAGGCCGUGAUGCUCGACCACAACUACCACCUCCUCCCCUACCCCGCCUCCGGCGGCAACGACGUCCGCGUGGACGUUGACGCCAUUGUAGGCAUCUUCGAACGCGAAAUCCCCAGCUAG